AAACAAAUGAAUAAAUAAAUUCCUUUAUAAGGCCCCUGUAUUUUAAAUAAAGUUGAAGAUCUUUCUUAUUAAUGGGUUUAAUAAAUGGAGGAUAUUUAUAAUAUAGAAAAAGGUAUUCCAAUAAUGGAUUUCACGGAAUUAUGUUCUACAAUAAAUACUGACAUGGAAUUUAGACUUGUAAGAAGAUUAACAGAAACUCAAUAUCAUAAUGAACGUUUAAAAGAUUAUGAUCCAAACUUAAAUAAAUACAAUAGAUACAAUAAUAUUAUACCAUUUGAACAUUCAGAAGUUAAAAUUAAUCAAGAUAACUUAGAUGAUUUAGAAGAAGUUUAAUAUAUCAAUGCCUCUUAUAUAAAUUCUGAUAUAUAAAAUAAUUGCGAAAAAAAAUUUAUUGCAACAUAAGGACCAUUAAUUACUAGUUUAUCUCAUUUUUGGAAAAUGAUUUGGUAUCAUGAUAUUGAAUGUAUUAUAAUGUUAUGUAAUUUGAAAGAAAACGAAAAAGCUUAAUGCGAUUAAUAUUGGCCAAACGAAUCAGGAUAAUAUCAAGAAUAUGGUUCAUUUAAAGUAACUUUGAUCAAAGAAGAACUUUUUUUGGAAACAGUUUACAAAAGAACAUUAAAACUAGAAAAAAAAGAUGAAAAUUUUAACAAAACAAUAUUUUAAUAUUAAUGGUAAGAUUGGAAAGACCAUAGUGCUCCAAGUGAAAGUGAUUAUACUAUAAUGGAAUAUUUAAUUCAUAUAAUGAUAGAACAAUAUGAAAAGUUAAAUAUUACAGUUAUCCAUUGCAGUGCUGGUGUUGGAAGAACAGGAACAUUAUUAUCUUUAAUUAAUUUAAUUUUGGCUUUUAAUUGUUACAAACCUAAAAUAAUUUAAGCACUUAAAGAAGGAGUUUAAAAUUAAGAUUUAAAAGAUUGUACAUUAAGUGUUUUUUCAACUGUAAGAAGAUUAAGAGAAUAAAGAUGGGGAAUGGUUCAUCAUUCUGAAUAAUAUAGCUAUAUUUAUAAAUAUAUGAAAUUACAUAAUGAUUAUGAUGAUGAUGAAUUAAUAGUUAGUGUAAAUGUAAAUAAAAUGAAAGAUAAUAAACUUGAUUAAUUUACCAAAUAAUAUAUUAUAACAACUGAAGAAUUAUGUAAAGAGCAACUGGAAAUAAUCAAAAAAGGAAAAAAACUUGGUAAACUUCUAUAAAGAAAAGCUAUUAUAAACGAAGGAAUGUUAAUUUAAUUAAACGAAAAAACUUAAAAAUAAUUAGGACUGAUAUAAACUAUAAAAUAUGAUAAAAACACUACACAAUCUAAUCAAUCUUAAAGAUAUAAAAUUAUAUUAAAUGUUGUUCAAUUCUAGAAAAACGUUAACUAACCUAUUGAAACUUUCUUUAAGUUUUCAGCUAUUUAAUUAAAAAAAAUGGUUAAUUAAUGGAAAAUAGCCUCUAUUAAAUUAGAAGAUUAAUUAAAAUAAAGAUAAUUGCAAAUUUAAACCUAUAGGAAAAAAAAUAUCAAAUCAUUACAAAAAUCUAACUUAAUUUACAAUUAUGACGAUUUUUUUACCCAAAAGGCAGUCUCUUAAGCUUUAAAAAACGCUAUAGAUGCCUAAGUUUAGUAUAUGCCAGCUUAAAUUACCGAUCCUAAAUUAAAAUAAGUUUCUUUAUAUGACUUAGAAGAAGAAAAAAGGAUUGAAUUAGCUUUCAAAAACCUUAUUAUUCACUAAAGCAUCGAAAUAAUUAAGCCUAUAAUUGAAGUACAUUACAUCCCUAAUUACCAAGAUCCUUUUGAAACCAGAAAAAUAAACAAACGCAAAUAUACAGUAAAAGAAUUAGAAAAUGAAAAUUGUAUACAAUUAGAAUUCUUCGGAAGAUUAAAUUCUUAAGUUCAUUUAAAUCAUUAUUUAUGGACUUUAGAAGAUUACAAUUUUUCAGAUAAUUAAAACAAUAUAUAAAGUUAAAAUAAUAAAACUUUCUAAUUCUAAAUUAAUUAAGAUUGUAAAAAUGAUUAUUUAUAAAUUUUUAUUUAUGAAGGAUUAAAUGCUUCUAUUCAUAGUGAAAAAUAUGAAUAUAGAUUACUUAUUUCAGAUUUAGCUAAUGAAUUUGCAUCUAAUAGAGAAUUAUGGAUACCUAUAAAAGGCAAAUCUAGUCAAAUAAUUAAUAUUUGUAUAAAUAUGACUUCAUUCGUAUGUCCAUAUUUAAAUAAUUUUGAAUUAUAAGCCUAAAACUAUGAUGAUUAUUUUGAAUAAUUAAUCGAAUCUGAAAGAUGCUUAUUGAAUGAUCCUUUGUUCCCCGAUGUUAUAGAUUAAAUAGAAAUUACUUAAACAAGUAUCCGAUAUUUAGUCUGGAAACUCGAACUAUUGGAAUAAAAAUGCGGUCAAUCAUUAUAGCUUUUAAGCGGCUUUAUUUUAGAUAAUUAUGGUGUUAAUAAAGAUGUAGAAAAAGACGUUAAAAGAAUUAUAUAUAAAAGAACAUAAGAACAUCUUACAUUAAUAGUUACAUAAGAAGGUUCUGAUAUUCUUGCGGAUAUAUAAGAAUGUAUAGCCAGUUCAUUAAAAUAAUAAUUUGUAAGUUUAUAAGAAAUAAUUUCCGAAAAAAUAUAACAUCUAGAAGGUUAAAAUAUUGACAUAAAUAAUCCUUCUAAGGAAGAAUCUUAUUGUUUUUGGUGCUUUGUGUCUUUAUUUAAGGAAAUAUAUGAAGAUUUAUUAACUUAAAACAUCCCAAGUGUUAGUUUGAGAGUUGCUAAGGGUGUUUGGGUGUAAAUCAGGUUUAAGGUUUCGAAAAUGCCUUUCUGGCGGUUUUUGUGA